UAAUGCUAAUAUGAUAUAAUAUUGUAACAUUGUAGUAUUAAAUUAUAUAAUAUAAUAAAAUAAAUAUUUUCAAUAAAACAAUAAUUAUGUGGGUCCGAUAAAUUCAAAUCGCGUUACAUUCGAGCUGUCACUUGUGCGUACCUACAGUUUUAACUCGACAAUUCGGGGUCGUUGACCAAUCCGUCUUAUCUAACAACGCGAUAUUAUGUAAUUUUUAAAAUUUACGUCAGAUCAACGAAAUCGGUCUAUUUUAUUUUCUCUCGAUCCGUCUCCAAACCGUAUAAUAUAGCGUACAGAUAAUUAAUAUAUAUCACUCAUCGGACCACGGAUCAUCAUGGACUUGUCCAAUAGUCGUAUAACUGGUAUAUUUAUAUUAAUCGUAAACUUGCAGCUAACCGAUUACGUUUUGCUACGAGAACUCAAAAAACGACCACAUAUUGUUGUAAUCGUUGCCGAUGAUUUGGGUUGGAAUGAUGUUGGAUUUCACGGAUCUAUACAGAUACCUACGCCAAAUAUCGAUGCACUUGCUUAUAACGGUGCAAUAUUGAAUCGUCAUUAUGUCCAGCCAACUUGUACUCCAUCGAGGGCUGCUUUGCUUACCGGAAAAUACCCGAUUCGUUAUGGUCUUCAAGGUCCACCCAUUGCUUCUGGAAAAGCUUCAGCACUUCCAACGAAUGAAAAAAUUUUACCACAAUAUCUGAAAGAGUUGGGAUAUUCAACACAUUUGGUUGGAAAAUGGCACUUGGGUCAUUACCAAAAACGUUUCACUCCCACAAAAAGGGGAUUCGACAGUCAUUUCGGCUACUGGAACGGGUAUAUUAGUUAUAGAAACAGCACACACGCUACGCGAACAAUGAGUGGUAUCGAUGCCAGGCGUGGGUUCGAAAGGGCGGGAAAUGAGAUGGACCGCGAUCGGUAUGCAACUGAUGUUUUUACAGAAGAAGCUCGUAAAAUCAUAGAAUCAAGUAAACGGGAAAACACUGAGAUGUUUUUGAUGGUAAGUCAUUUGGCCGUUCAUUCAGGAAAUAGUGGACCAAAUCACUUGGAAGUCUUGAAUAAAACCUACAAUGACGAGGCAUUCGGUUAUAUUGAAAACGAAAACAGAAGACUUUAUGCAGGCAUGGUGACUUCUUUGGACGACUCUGUUGGAAAAAUAAUCGAAUCACUACAUGAACACGAAAUGCUAGAAAAUUCUAUUGUAGUGUUUAUAUCAGACAACGGUGCGCCUACGGAUGAUCCGUUAUGGGGUCAUGAUAACUUUGGAUCAAAUUGGCCUUUAAGAGGGAAAAAAGCAUCAGUACUUGAAGGCGGAGUUCGUGGGGUUGCUGCGAUAUGGAGUCCAUGGUUGAAAGAAAAAAACACUGUUUCCAAUAAUUUAUUUCAUAUUACUGAUUGGUUGCCCACUUUAUAUACAGCUGCAGGCGGGAAUUUUGAAGACUUAGGUAAAAUUGAUGGUGUCAAUCAGUGGAAAAGUUUAACUGAUACUUCAAAACAAGUAAGAUCAAAGAUUUUAAUCAAUAUAGAUGAGACAAGAGGAGAGGAAGCCUUGAUUUUCAACCAAUGGAAAGUUGUGAAAAGUAACCGUACGAGUAACAUGGUCUUCAACCUCAAGUACGCCGGGGAUCCUGGUAACGCAGGGCCGAAAUAUAAUAUGUCCGGUGUGGUGGCAAGUACCGUUGGUAAACGACUAUCAAAAAUCAAUUGUUUGACCCAAGACAGUUGCAUGAACGCGUCAACGGCGCGAGAUGUGUUUUACGUUUCCCGUUCACUGGCUAAAGUUGACGGCCAAACUUGCCCAGAGCGUGUAUCCAACCCAAAUCCCGACCAACAGUAUGAAUGUUUUGACGGAUACUGUCUCUUCGAUAUCCUCCAAGACCCCUGCGAGUAUCGAAAUGUGGCCAAACAGAACCCCCAAACGCUGGACGCGACGAUCCACAUGCUGGAACAGUUCAAAAAGGAAAUGACGAUGCAAGCACCUGAUCCGAUAAUUGAUCCCGAUGCGGAUCCUCGUCGAUUUGCCGGAUAUUGGGAACCUUGGCUGGAACCUUUCGACAAAGCUUAGAGAGAAUUUCCGUAAUAAUUUGUUAUUAAUUUAAUAUUACGCCGUUUUUGUAUGAAUAUUAUAAUUGUGUAGGUAAUUAUAACAUAUACAUAAUAUUUUAAUAAUUAUAAUUUAUAAUAAGAAGAACAUGUAGUACUUGGGCUAUUACCUAAUAAUAUUGAAAACAAUAUAUGUUUCAAUAAUCAUAAUUAAAAAAAAUCAAGCAUGUGUGAGCCCACCAUUACACUCUGGGGAAGUAAAACGUCUUUCAUAAGUAUUGGGGCCCGUGAAAUUAUAUGUGAAUCAGGGAGAGAAUGAGAAAAUCAAUACAAAAAAAAAAUAAACGUGCACGCCGCCGACGCCGUGCAUGACUUGCAAAAUAAAUAAAUAAACAAACGUGUCGUUUCAUUUUUCUUCCACCCACACGAGAAAGAAGUUUUACUUCAAUAUUAUUAUUACAUUCAAUAACAUUAAUGUAAUAAUAAUAAUUGAUAAACGUUUGGAAGAAAAUAUAAUUUAAUUA